AAAUCAUUCUUUCAAUUACUAUAAUUCAAGCCUAUAUAGUGUGUACAUAAAUAAAGAAAAUUUACUUUUAUGCCUAAGCAGAGCAAGACAGGGCUGUAAUUACGGGCCAUCUUCAUGACUGAUUGACUGUAAAAACAACAAAAAUAAUAAUAAAGAAGAACAUCUGUUUCUUUCUUCUCCUUCCUCUAUUAAAUGAGGCAACGAUUAAGUUUUUGUCUUUAGCAGGCCGGCAACAACAGAAAAUAGAGGGACCAAUGAAUUGACGCUUGGAUUUGGCUCAGAGGUCACGAGAUUAUAUUCCAAUCCUACAAUAUCCUGCAAGAACCUUUGCUUCUACUAUCCCCCAGUGCAGUAAACGUCUUUCCCAUGACACAAGCAUGUCUCACAAUUUCAGCACCCCCAUCCAUUCUUCCUCUUCUUCUUCCUUGGCUUCAUCCCAUCACCAGGAGAGGUUAGACCUCGAUUCCAUCCGGGUAGUUGUCAUCUUAAUCAAUCAGCGCAUACUUGAAUUCCUUGAAGAUGCUGCAACCCGGAAUUCUCUAAAAUUGAGGUGCUCCUCCUAUCUCAAGACUCACAAGCAGGAAUUCUUUGAAUUUUCUGAACACUCGGUGCUUUCAAAUCUCUACUGGGGUAUUGAGAGCAUUGAAGCUGCAAUUCAGACUGAAUGGCCCGCAGAAAAAGCCAUGCGGUUGAGGAAUUCAGAGCGUAUGCUUCAAGUCUCUGCACUGCUUGAUGAGCAUGGAGUCACAGCCGGAAUCUCAAACAAAUACUUGGUUUGUUGCUCCUACUUCUACCUGUCUCUGGUAUGGAGGCUUCAAAGGGAAGAAUGGCAGGUUGCACUACACUUUCUUCAAGCUCUGUUGGUCUCGCCGAGGCUUGUUCAAAGAGAAUUUGCUCCUGGACUUUGCGAUAAACUGUUCCUUUCAGGCUUUACGUCUGGAAAGCAGGUGGGGAGAAGAAGACACUCAGGGUCCACGUCUUCAGUAGAUUUCAGUGAGGAUGAGUCUGGUGAGGUGAUAAGGCAGAUGGCUAGGAGAUACAAGGACUGGUUGGUCUACUAUCAGAUCAUGUUAUAUGGAGAGACAUCUUGGCCGAAAUGUGGACGCAUUAGUCUUCAUUCCCCAGACAAUGAAUCACAAAUUUCUGUGCACGGGAAGUACAGGCACAAGAAGUUCAUCAGCUCAGAAACUUCAAAUUCAAUUGAAUAUAGACACAGCUUUCAAACUCGUUACUGUUUUGAGAAGGUGUAUCCACUUGAUCCUCAAAAAAAUACAACCAAUGACACGGCAGAGGAAGAUGAGGCGUUUGUACGCAUUCCAGACUCUAAAGAUCAUAGAAAAGCUACCACAAGUAUGGACCAAGUUAACAGUUGGGAUAUCAAAGUAAGUUCAGAAUCCAAAUGCCUCCAGGAUAUGCUAAAGGAAUCACAAUCAGAUGCAACAAUUUCAACCAGUUCAUGUGAUGAUGAUUCUUCACCAGAUGAUUCAGAGGCAAAUGCAGAUGACAAUGACAGCUCAAAUAUAACUGCAAGAAUAAAUAUAGAUAAUCUACAAGUGGAAAUCUGUGAUCGCUACCUUUACAGUAAGAUGGAAGCUCCUUGCUCUUGUUCAAAGCCAGGGUACAGGGAUACAUCAAUAUCUCCCGCAGCUCCAGGACAUCCACAGCACAGGGAGUCAAAUGAAGUAAAUGUAUUCCACAGCUCCGUCAGACAUAAUAAAUCACAAGCUCUUCCCAAUUCCCAUACAGAAGGAAAGACAACUCAGAGGAGAUUGUCACCCCAUGAUUUCCAACUCGUUGAUUGUACAGCAUCUACAUCUCUGUCAAAUCAUAAAUUCACCCAGAUGGAUCAGCAGCCAAGUGAUUCAAGGAAAAGGCAAAGUUCAAGUAGCCAAAACAAGUUGAAUGAAGUUUGUCUACAACCUGCUAAAGAUGCGCAUGGUGAACUAAUGGAAAUUUUUGAGAAAGCAAUUUCAAAACUAUGCUUCUCAGAAGGAUUAAGAAAAUGUGAUGAACAUUACACUGUAGAAGUUACAACUAUAUAUGAGAUGUUGAACAAUAAACCUGGAAUAAAAUAUGCUAUGUUGAAGGAUGUAAUUUUAGAUCAACUGGUAACUGCAAUUUCAACUUCCAAAGAAGAUGCAGUAAUAAGGACAGCAGUGUCUAUAGUUACAACCAUUGUUUCAGGGAACAAGUUGGUUAUAGAAGAGAUGAGGAAGAAAGGCUUACAAUUAUGCCAUUUAGCAUGUGCUUUAAAAAGAAAUAUUCAUGAGGCAGCCAUGCUUAUCUAUUUAGCAAACCCAUCUCCUAUAGAAAUUAGAACCUUAGAACUUCUACCAACAUUAGUGGAGAUUGUGAGCACUUCAAGUAGCUACAAGAGUACAUCAGCAUCCCUUCAAUUGACACCUCCUGCAGCAUCUUUGAUGAUUAUUGAAGUAUUAGUAACUGCAUUUGACCAUGCUACAAAUAAUAUUCAUUUGGCUGCAAUCAAUUCGCCCCAAGUUCUUUCUGGGCUCUUGAAUGCUGCAAGAAAUGACAAUCUUGAGGAUUUUAUCUCUUUGGCCAAUAUUUUUGUAAGGUGUAUGCAUUUUGAUGGAAAAUGCAGAAAACAUGUCUCACAAUUUACUCCUGUGGCUCCAUUUAUCUGUAUUCUAAGGAGCAACAAGAAGCGUGCCAAGUUCAUUGCACUAGAGUUUUUCCAUGAAAUUCUUCGCAUGCCAAGAUCAUCAAGCAUCAGUUUAUUGCAGCAGAUGCAGAAGGAAGGAAAUGGCAACAUCAUGCACAUGCUGAGGUCCUAUGUCCAACAAUUAGAAUCUGAGCACCAACUUUUGGCAGCAAAUUUAUUGCUUCAAUUAGACAUGCUGGAAAACUCAUCCAGCAAGAGUACAUUUAGAGAAGAGGCUAUGGAAGUCCUCCUUAAGUCAGUGGCCUCUGAAAAAGGCUCUGCUUCACAGAUAUUAUCAGCAUUCAUUUUAUCAAAUAUUGGUGGAACUUAUGCUUGGACAGGGGAACCAUACACAGUAGCAUGGUUGGUAAAAAAGGCUGGUUUGUCCUCAAAGUAUUGCAGGAGUAUGAUAAGAAAUUUCGACUGGUUGGAUCAAAGCCUACAGGAUGCUAGCAUAGAAAAAUGGUGCAGCAAGAUUGCCAGAAGCAUUAUUAAAAUUGGGAAUCCUGUCUUCCAUGCUUUGGAGAAAGGACUAAGGAGCAAGAUAAAAAUGGUUUCUAGGGACUGUCUCGCGACUAUUGCAUGGCUUGGAUGUGAAAUUGCAAGGAGUCCUGACAACCUGAGAUAUUCUGCAUGUGAGAUUUUACUCAAUGGAAUUGAGCAAUUCUUGCAUCCAGGAUUCGAGUUUGAAGAAAGACUUUUAGCAUGUCUAUGUUUUUACAACUACACUUCUGGUAAAGGCAUGGAAAAAUUAAUUCACUGUUCAGAAGGAGUGAAGGAGUCAUUGAGACGCCUUUCAAACAGAACAUGGAUGGCAGAGGAAUUACUGAAAGUAGCUGAUUAUUUCACGCCCAAUAAAUCGCGUAUUUCAUGUGUCCACACGCAAAUUCUGGAGGCGGGUCAUAAAUGCAGUGGAUCUGUAAGCGCUCUUAUUUACUACAAAGGAGAGCUAUACAGUGGAUACUCAGAUGGCUCAAUUAAGGUAUGGGAAAUCAAGGGGCAUUCAGCUACCCUUGUAAGGGAGAUGAAGGAGCACAAGAAGGCUGUGACAUGCUUUUCACUUUUUGAACCAGGGGACAGCCUUUUGAGUGGAUCAGCUGAUAAAACUAUUAGGGUUUGGCAAAAAGUCCAACAGAAACUGGAGUGUGCAGAAGUUAUAGAGACAAAGGAACCAAUUCAAAAUUUAGACACUUAUGCGCAAUUGAUUUUCAUCAUCUUCCAGACCAAUGAAUUGAAGGUAAUUGAUGCAUCAAGAACAAGCAGAGAUAUUUGCAAGAGUAAACAUGUGAAGUGCAUGAGGGUGGCUCAGAGAAAGAUAUACAUUGGCUGUACAGAUUCGAGCAUACAGGAGUUAGCUAUAACAAGCAACCUUGAGCAAGAGAUCAAACGACCAUCAAAGAGUUGGAGACUACAAAGCAGGCCAAUAAAUUCAAUAGUCGUUUAUAAGGAUUGGCUUUAUAGUGCAAGCACAACAGUUGAAGGUUCAAAUCUCCAGGAAUGGAGAAGACACCACCAGCCCCAAAUGUCAAUAGUGACUGGGAAACGUACAAAUGUUCUUGCAAUGGAAGUAGUGGAAGACUUCAUAUACUUAAACUGUAGCUUAUCAACGAGCAUCCUUCAGAUAUGGUUGAGAGGGACAUGGCAGAAAGUAGGAAGAUUAUCAGCAGGCAGCAGGAUAACAAGCCUCCUGGCUGCCAAUGACAUUAUACUAUGCGGUACCGAGGCAGGGAUAAUCAAGGUGUGUGAACAGAACCCUUCUCAUUCUAACAUCAUUCAUUCUAGUUUCAUUAAUUCAUCAAUUGUUUAAAUGGCAGGGCUGGAUCCCCCUCUAGAAAUAGAGAAGAUUAAAGUUAAAAGAUUUGUCAUUGAAUCUCUAUCAACGGGCAAAGAAGCAGGAACCCAAAGCAGUGUUUCAUUCAUUGAAUCGCCAACUAAAAGUGUGAGUGUACAAUAUAAUUUUGGAAAAGGAAGAAAACUACCUUAUGAUUUUGCUUGCAAUAGCUAGUAGUAGUACACUUGAAAGAAUGAUAUUUGUACAAAUACUUUAUACGGUAAUUAGAGUUUAGUAUAAACAUGUUCAUGAA